AUGUUGGGAUGCAAACCAGCUGAGACACCUAUGGAGCCUAAUGCCAAGCUGGGACUUGAAGGCGGGAAGGAGAUUGAUCAGGAGCAGUAUCAUCGACUAGUAGGCAAGCUCAUCUACCUGUCACAUACCCGUCCUGAUAUAGCCUUUGCGGCAGGCUCUUCAGUAGACAGAAGAUUAUCAGGAUAUUGCACUUAUGUUUGGGGCAAUUUAGUGACAUGGAGAAGCAAAAAACAACCAGUGGUAGCAAGGAGCAGUGCAGAGGCAGAAUUUUGGGCACUAGCACACGGUGUAUGUGAGGGGAUUUGGCUUAGAAGACUACUAAAAGAACUAAAGAUCUUUAGUAAUUCUCCUAUAAAGCUCUAUUGUGACAACAAGGCAGCUGUCAGCAUUGCCCACAAUCCAGUUCAUCACGAUCGAAUGAAACAUGUAGAGGUGGAUCGUCAUUUUAUCAAGGAAAAAAUUGACAAUGUGAGCUUCUGCAUGACGUACAUCCCAACCAAGGAACAGACUGCUGAUAUCUUGACAAAAAGUCUUCACAAACCGAACUUUGAAGACCUGGUUUUUAACAAUUGUAUCAAGCAAGAGUUACAAGGGAAAACCAGGUUACUAGUCACAAACCAGCUACAUUUUCUUCCACAAGUGGACAGUGUUGUUGUAGUCUGUGAUGGUAUGGUUCAAGAGGAGGGAACCUAUGAGGAGCUGGCUAAGAAUGGAAAGUUGUUCCAGAAACUGAUGGAAAAUGCAGGGAAAAUGGAAGAAGAUGUAGAAGAGUUGAUUGAAACCGAAAAUUGCACUGAAAAAAGGUCAACGCCAGCUUCUAACGGGGUGGUAAAUGAAUCACUCGCAGAUGCAACCAAUUCAAAAAAAGGAAAACUGGGGAAGUCUGUUCUAAUCAAGCAAGAGGAACGGGAAACGGGUGUUGUUAGUUGGAAUGUCUUGUUGAGGUACAAAAAUGCACUAGGAGGCCUAUCGGUGGUCAUGAUUCUGUUUAGUUUCUAUUUACUAACAGAAGUUCUUCGAGUUUCAAGUAGCACAUAGUUAAGUUUUUGGACAGAACAAAGCAGUUCAAAAAAUUAUAAACCUACAUUCUACAUUGUCGUAUAUGCGCUUCUUUCAUUUGGCCAGGUCACUGUGACACUGGCAAACUCUUUUUGGUUAAUCACAUCUAGUCUUCGUGCGGCCAAAAGAUUAUAUGACACAAUGUUGCGCUCUUUACUAAGAGCUCCAAUGGUUUUCUUCCACACAAAUCCAACCGGACGGAUAAUCAAUAGAUUUGCGAAGGAUGUCAGUGAUAUAGAUCGGAAUGUUGCGAAUCUUAUGAAUAUGUUUUUGAACCAGAUGUGGCAGCUCCUUUCAACUUUUGUGCUCAUAGGAAUUGUGAGCACAAUAUCCCUCUGGGCCAUCAUGCCACUUAUGAUCUUGUUCUAUGUAGCCUAUUUGCACUAUCAGAGCACAGCCCGUGAAGUAAAGCGUAUGGAUUUCAUUACAAGAUCUCCAGUUUAUGCACAAUUUGGAGAAGCACUAAAUGGUUUGUCAAGCAUUCGCGCAUACAAGGCAUAUGAUCGGAUGGCUUCCAUAAAUGGGAAGUCCAUGGACAAUAAUAUCAGAUUCACCCUUGCAAACCUUAGUUCGAACCGGUGGCUCUCAAUAAGAUUGGAAACAUUAGGAGGUCUCAUGAUUUGGUUAACAGCAAGCUUUGCUGUUUUGCAGAAUGGAAGAGCAGACACCCAAGUGGAAUUCGCGUCCACAAUGGGUCUACUCCUAUGUUAUACACUAAACAUCACAAAUUUGAUGAGUGGUGUACUUAGACAAGCAAGUAGGGCCGAAAAUAGUUUAAAUUCUGUUGAGCGAGUUGGCACAUAUAUUGAUUUGCUUUCUGAGGCUCCAGAAAUAAUUGAGAACAACCGUCCCCCACCAGGGUGGCCUGCGUCUGGAACUAUUCAAUUUGAGGGUGUCGUCCUGCGUUACAGGCCUGGACUUCCUCCAGUUCUGCAUGGAUUGUCCUUCGAAAUCUCUCCAAGUGAAAAGAUUGGAAUAGUUGGAAGGACUGGUGCAGGAAAAUCUAGCAUGCUUAAUGCAUUGUUUCGAAUCAUUGAAAUGGAGAAAGGAAGAAUAUUGAUUGAUGGUUGCAAUGUUUCCAAAUUUGGAUUGACAGAUUUGAGAAAAGUCCUUAGUAUCAUACCGCAAUCACCUGUCCUUUUUUCAGGAACUGUACGCUUUAAUCUCGAUCCUUUUUCUGAGCAUAAUGAUCCUGAUCUUUGGGAGGCAUUAGAGAGAGCACAUCUUAAAGAUGUUAUUAGAAGAAACCCUCUUGGUCUGGAUGCAGAGGUUCUUGAGGGAGGAGAGAAUUUCAGUGUUGGACAAAGGCAACUAAUAAGUCUUGCAAGAGCAUUGCUACGGAGAUCAAAGAUACUUGUUCUUGACGAAGCAACAUCGGCCGUUGAUGUUGCAACCGAUGUUCUUAUCCAAAAAACUAUUCGUGAUGAAUUCAAAUCAUGCACGAUGUUAAUUAUUGCUCACAGAUUGAACACCAUCAAUGACAGUGAUCGGAUUCUUGUUCUUGAUGCUGGUCAGGUUUUAGAAUAUGAUACACCGGAAGAACUCUUGUUGAAUGAAGAAAGUGCGUUCUCUAGAAUGGUUCAAAGUACGGGGCCUGCAAAUGCUGAGUACUUGCGCGGCUUGGUGCUGGUGGACAAACAAAACAAAACAGAUGGUGAAGGCACCAUGCAACUGGUUGGCCAGAGGAGAUGGCUAGCAUCAUCCCGCUGGAGCGAUGCUGAUCAGUAUGCACUGGCUGUUUCCCUUGCCGCUUCACAGAAUGAACUUCAACGAUCAGAUAUUAACGACAAGAACAAUAUCUUGACGAAAACAAAGGAUGCGAUCCUAACGCUGCAAGGAGUUCUGGAGGGAAAACAUGACCAGGAUAUAGAUGAAACACUAAAUUAUUUUCAGGUUCCAAGAGAUAGGCGGUGGUCAUCUCUCUACAGAAUAGUUGAAGGUCUUGCAGUGAUGAGCAGGCUGUCUCAGCAGAGCAGGCUUCGGCGUUUAGAAGAUGCCUUUGAUGAUACAUCCAUAGACUGGGACCAACCCAAAAUAUAG